ACAAGGUUGAGGAUAUUCAUUUUAAACAGAUCAUAUAACUCUAACAAAGUUGGGAUAGUUACAUGUCAAGGAGGAAAACAGUUAGUGAUUUCGGUUCCCAGCAGGUGAAAUUAGGAAGUCAUAGCCAUGUUUUAGGCCUGGAUUUGAGAGUAUCAACAGAGCUUGCCUCCUGAAUGUGCAGUGGUAGAUUAUUCCAGAGAAGUGGAGCUUGGUGGACAAAGGCUCAACCACCAAAAGUGUUCUUAUUGAAUCGAGGAACAAUUCAGUAACUAGAACCAAGAGACCAUAAAGGAUGUGAUGGAGUACAUGGAGCAAUAAGGCUGGAGAUAUAUGAAGGAGCCAGUCCAUUUAAAGCCUUAUAGUUGGUGCAGAGGACUCUGUUGAAGACAAGAGGACCUUCAUUCCAGGAGCCCAACGGUUGCUGUCGACUGGCUGACUUCAGUGAGAAGGGGCAGCAUGUCUAAUAACAUGGCCAAGAUUGCAGAUGCUCGAAAGACAGUAGAACAAUUGAAACUGGAGGUCAACAUAGAGAGGAUGAUGGUAUCCAAAGCAGCAGCUGAUUUGAUGGCCUACUGUGAAGCUCAUGCCAAAGAGGACCCCCUGGUGACCCCAGUACCUUCCUCUGAGAACCCAUUUAGAGAGAAGAAAUUAUUCUGUGUAAUACUAUAACCCUCACAUGUACA